GGACAUCCUGUGGCCGCGCGGGGGGGGGUGGACGUAACGGCCCAGGAGCGGGCAGGAGGAGCGUGAAUAGUGGCAGUGAGCCGUGUGUUGUAGAGGUGACUCGGGGUUUAGCUGGACACUUUCCUUUUUGUUGUGUAUGUGCGGUAACAACAUGUCAGCGCCGGUUCCUGCCAUUAUCCCUGCUGCAAAGAAAGCCACGGCCGCGGUUAUCUUUCUACAUGGCUUAGGAGACACAGGACAUGGCUGGGCGGAGGGAUUGGCAGCUAUCAAGACACCACAUGUGAAAUACAUAUGCCCACAUGCGCCUAUUGCUCCUGUCACAAUGAACUUCAGAAUGAAUAUGUCAUCUUGGUUUGAUAUCAUUGGACUUUCUGUGGAUUCUGUUGAAGAUGAGGGAGGUAUCAGAAAUGCAGCAGAAAGUGUUAAAGCAAUGAUAGAUCUAGAAGUUAAGAAUGGGAUACCAUCUCACCGAAUUAUUUUGGGAGGCUUUUCUCAGGGUGGAGCUCUGUCAUUGUACACUGCUCUAACAACACAUCAGAAACUUGGAGGAGUGAUUGGCCUUAGCUGUUGGCUUCCACUUCGGAACUCUUUUCCAGAGGCAGCUGCUAACAGUCCAAACAAAGAUAUUCAUGCUCUUCAAUGUCAUGGAGAGGCUGACUCUCUUCUGCCUCUAAUGUUUGGUACUCUCACUGCUGAGAAAUUAAAAACCAUCAUCAAUCCAGACAAUGUCAUUUUCAAGUCCUACGCAGGCAUGAUGCAUGGUUCUUGUCCCCAGGAAAUGAUGGACGUCAAACAAUUCAUUGAAAAGCAGCUACCUCCAAUCAACUAAUAGACCAUCAGAAGCAUUUUUCUAAGAGGCUGCACCAGCAUCUGAUCAUGAUAGACCCUAAUCCUUCCUUUCAUUUACUCAAAGAUAUCAGUCAUCCAUCAUUUUAAUACUUGCACAUUUUUCCCAAUCUACAUUCUGUAAUUUUCAUGAAGGAACUUUCAAUGUUACAAUGAGUUGGAUUCUGCCUGCUACGGUUUAUAAAUUCUUAAUACUGCAGUAAUCACAGGUGUUGUUUAAGCUGUUCAUACCCAAAUGUUUGAGCACCCUAGCCUUUACUCUGUCCAAAUUCAAUUUGCUUUGGCUUUGUUCAUGUGAUUCGUUCUGUCUUGACUGUGAUGGCAUCUGUAUGUUUAUAUGGAAAAAAGAUACAAGAAACAAAUUUCUAAAAACUCCUAAAAAGAAUGUCACUUGCUGGUAUUUUAAUACAGCAAAUAUUGAUAUAGAAAAUCAAAUAAAGGUCAUAAUUGAUAACCAAAGGUUGUUAUUCCAAAAUAAUAGUACAGGUAAUGGCAUUUCCUGUAAAUACUAAUCAGAGGAGUACACUUAAAACCACCUUUGAGAAGUGAGUUUUAAAGCCACACAGCACAGGAUGAAAAACAAUAGGAGUAAGUGAUCUGUUGAAGAACAAGUGCUGUCAAAAUUGAGCAUGAAGCCAAGUGCAGCAUUAAAGUGUAGUACUUUAUCAUUUAAAUAAAUACAAUUUGCUCAGAACAACAUAAAUUGAUAUAUCGUAUUACACCAAGUAAAGAAACAACUGAGUUGAAUUGCAGUUGUCUUUGCUAUGUCCAUUUUCCCAAUUUUAAAGAACUAAACUGUGCAGGGAUAACUUUACAUAUUCCAGUUAGAUUUUUGCAAAUGUUGUAAUGGUGGAUAUGGCUAGUGUAUUUUUAUUUACUUUUUGUAUGAUGUGAAAUUUACCUAAUGUUUAAGUGUUACAUUUUUAAAUUGAAUACUAUCUUAAGAAUAUUGAUCCAUCUUGGUCUGACAUUAUGGCUUGUGUGACACACAAUCCUAGAAUGCAAACAGGUUUCAAUGACAAACAUGCUUCAUGAUUCUCAAACUAACAUGACAUUUAAUAGAAGCAUUUAAAUUUCAAUUUGUGGUUAUCACUGGUACAAUGUUUAAUUUAUUUUUGGAAAAAAAAUGGCUUUUGUACAGGAAUUGCACGUGAAAAAAAUAUUUGCCAUGCCCACCAGACAAAGCACUUCUUCAAAACAAUGUGAUUUACCAUCAAGGUUGAAAUAUUUGAGAAAUAAACUAUAUUCCAAUUGACAACACAAAAAUUUAAUGGAAUGUUUAACUGGUUUCAGAAUUAAAGAAAUUUUGUGCAGUAAGUAUAAGUUAUUUGGUAAUGCAUUCACAAUUCUAUGAAAUGUACCUAACUACCUAGGUUAAACUAACAUAACUUUUUUGUUAACUAAAUUCAUGGAUGUGAUAAAUCCUGUUGUAGCUGUACAAUAUACAUACUGUGAAGCAGUGCUGAGAACACUCGAUUCACAUACGUUUGUCAAAAUUUAUGAUAUAUGUGCACCAUUUUUAGUGCAUUUAAUAAUUUCAGAGAAUCAACCAAGAACAUGAUUUAAAAAUAAAACCAAUUGAUACUAGACCAUAA